AUGGGGGCCGGCAACAAGGAGAAUGCGGAACGCAUUCCUGAGUGGAAGCGCGUUUUGGGCCUCCUCAGUGGCUUUGUCGUCACGAACUACCUGGUGGUCGCCUUUGUGGUGGCCUUCACCAUCGCCAUGGCGUGGCCCCUGCCCGGCGCCAAGGUUCUGGAGCCGCAGGUGGUGGGCGUCCACAUCAUCACGUUCAUCAACAUCUGCAUAGUGUUCUUCAUCUCGGGCCUCACCCUGCGCACCGACGAGCUCAAGACCGCCCUCACGCGGCGCAACGCCCUCGGCACGACCUGGGGCUUCAUAUCCAUCGUCGGCGUCACCCCCCUGCUGGCGUUUGCAGUGCGGGACCUGCCGUUCACACCCCCAGAGUACGCGACCGGCCUCGCGCUCUUCUGCAUCGUCCCCACCACGCUGGGCGUCGGCGUGUCCCUCGUCACGAGCGCGAAGGGCAACGUAGCUCUGGCCAUCCUCCUGACUGUCGCGUCCAAUGUCCUGGGCGUCGUGGUCAUCCCGGGGUGGCUGCAGGCCACGCUCAGGGUCGGCAAGGGCGGCGUUGAGGACCUGCGCAUCAAUUUCGUCGACAUUUUCGUGAAGCUGCUGCUCAGCUUCUUCGUCCCCACAGCCAUCGGCAAGGGGCUGCGCGAGCUGAGCCCGCCAGCCAGGCGUUUUGCCCAGGCGCACAAGCAGGCCCUCGGCAUCAUCAGCAACACCAACCUUGCGCUGCUGAUCUGGCAGACACUCAGCAGCGCGCAGGAGAUCAUCGUCAACACGUCCUUCGGCACCAUGCUGUGUGUCAUUGUUGGCACGUUCCUGGUGCACAUCCUGUACCUGGUGUUCAACACCCUGGUGGUGCUGCUGCUGCGCCUGCCCGUUUCCGAGGCCGCAUCAAUUGUCAUCAUGGCUUCACAAAAGAGUGCCCCUGUGGCUGUGACCGUGAUCACCUACAUUGCCAGCAACACACAGACACAGGGUCUGCUGGCCGUUCCCUGCGUCACCGGCCAGCUCGUGCAAAUCUUCGUGGGCCAGCCCCUGGCGAACUACUUGGCUGGUCGCAUCCUGCGGGCGCGCCAGGAGCAGGAGGCGCAGCUGGCGCUGAAGGAGGAGCCGCAGGCGGGCGAGGCACCCACGGGGGCGUCCGACGGGUUGGUCGUGCUUGAGGGCGGCAAAGACGUCGAGGCGGGCGCCAAGUGA